UGGCAUCUGCCCUGCCGCGCCUCUAGCUAAAGGAUGGCGCCGUUGCGCAGACGUGGCGCCGGGAGCGCCGCCUGUUGGCUAUCGCGGAGGCGGAGGUGCCGGACUAGCGGGGUAUACGACACAGGCGGAGGCGGAGGCGGAGGCGGAGGCGGAGGCGGAGGCGGGGCGUCCCUCGAGCUCGCGGAUGACGUGCUGGCUGCAAUCUUCAUCCGGCUCCCCAACGCGGCCGACGUAGUUCGCUGCGUCGCCACUUGCAGGCGGUGGGCCAGCGUGGUGGCCAAGGAGGCCGACGCUCUGUCACGAGCCCUCCGCCUUCCGCCUCUCCCUGCCCUUGCCCUCGGCUUCUUCCACCGCAACCAGGAUCGACGACAGGACGCCGGCGGCGCCGAGACGACGAACACGCGCAAGCGGAAACGCCGCCACGGCUCCACCGUCGACGAGUGCUCGACGCCACCGUGCUUCGUCCCGACGGCGUCCGGCUCUCGGCUGCUCGGCUUCAACUUGAACCUCCCCUCCGGUACCACAGAAGGCCUCCAGCACCAUGGCGUCGACGCCUUGGAUCUCUCUCGCCCAAUCGCGUCACGCAACGGACGCCUCGUCCUCGAGCUCCACAGCGUCGACGGAAGCCUCAGGCUGUGCGUCUGCAACCCCAUGAUGGGAGACGACGUGGCCGUGCUGCCUCCUCUGCUCGGCAAAGACAGGCCCAAGGUCUACGCUUGCACACUGCUUACCGGCGCCGACCUCGACCGGCCAUCCUCCGCCGACUUGUUCCGCGUGCUCAUCGUCUACAACCGCGACAGGUUCACCGCGCUCCGUUCCUACUCGUCGGACACCUGCAGCUGGAGCAAGGAGGCCAUGAAGACGUCAGGUCCCAAGCUCACCAACUGGGAACUCGGCAAGCUAGGCCAGGGCAUCGUGCUCCACGGCGGCGUCGCCUACUGGCCGCUGAAAAGCUCGGCACUAGCAGUACGCUUCGACACGCCGGCGCCGCCGUCGCUGGUGCGCAUGCCGCCGGACGGCGUCCCCAACAAGAUCAAGCAGCUCCGCCUGCUCAGCGUCGGGCCCGAUGGGAAGCUGUGGUUCCUGGACGCAGCGUCGAACGGCGAAGGAUGUGUCAGUGUGCUGUGGACGGUGUUCCACGAGACAAGCACAGGCACAGGCACCGGAGAAUGGGUGAGGGGAGGUGCCGUCAGACUGACACGGCUCAAGGUAAAAGGUGCCAUGGACAUCAACCUGCGUUGGUUCUGCGAGAAGAGUGGCAUCCUCUUGUUCACGCUUGGCAGAGGCAGCAGUGAUCCUGGAACCUUUGCGAUGAACCUAGCAACCAAGCAAGUGGACAAGUUAGAUGACUGCAGUUCAUGGAGAAACUUCGUGGGAUAUGAGAUGGAUGGGGUCACUUAUCUCAGGUCCAUAGCCCAUAUUUCCCUUUAAUGUAUGUAGGAUCUUGUAUAAUGUUAUAAUGGUUAAAAAUAAGGCGAUAAGUUUUGCAAUCCUCUGUUCCGAUUUCCUUGUUCCCUGCUGCCACAUGUCACUCUUCUAUAUAUUACUCAAAAUAUACAUACGUGACACAAACUUUGAACUAGUAUGAGACCGACAAACUAUAUGCAAGUUUAUACUCCCAAGUUAUGUACGGAAGUUUAAUAUA